UGAGGAAAUUUCACUCACUCAGAUGGCGGCCCACCAACUUUAACAAAAAAUGAGUUAAUGGGUCAUAGAAUAUAAAUACUUUUGACCCAUCUUCUCACUCUUAUUGCAACAAGCUUUUUUGAGUUUUUUUCAGUCACACCUGCAAAAUUUCCUAAGUCUCUAACCUCACUAUUCAAGCUCUUCCAUUUCUUUUAUGGCUCUUCUUCCACCAUCUUCUUCUUCGUCUUCUUCUUCUUCCAAAGGAGGGAAAUACGAUGUAUUUCUUAGUUUCAGAGGCGAGGACACCCGCAAAAAAUUUACAGAUCAUCUAUAUAGAGCUUUGGAACAAAAAGGCAUAUCCACUUUUAAGGACGAUGAAAAACUUAAGCAAGGAACACCAAUUGCCCCAGAACUCUUGAAAGCAAUAGAAGAAUCAAGGUUUGCUGUCAUUAUUUUAUCAGGAGAAUACGCUUCUUCAAAGUGGUGCUUGAUUGAACUAACAAAGAUCAUUGAGUGCAUGGAAAAGACCGGAUUGGUAGUUCUACCUAUUUUUCACUAUGUAGAUCCUAGUGAUGUGCGGAAUCAUAGAGGAACUUUUGCCGAAGCCUUUGAUAGACAUGAAGAGAGUUUCAAGGAUAGCAUGGGAAAUGUAGAGACGUGGAAAGCUGCUCUAACAAAAGUUGCCAAUCUUUCUGGAUGGGAUUUAAAGGAUAAGUAUGAAUCAGAAGUUAUCCAAGAAAUCAUUGGAAGGAUAUGCACUGAGUUAGAUCAUAAAUUCUCAGGUAUUUAUGAGGCCCUUGUUGGAAUAGACUCACAUGUGGUAAAAAUGUUGGGUUCAUACUUAGGUGAAGGGUUGGGUGAUGUUCGCUUUGUUGGGAUAUGCGGGAUGGGGGGAAUGGGCAAAACAACUCUUGCACAAGAAAUUUAUAGAAGAAUUUCAAGUAACUUUGAAGCUAGUAGCUUUAUUGCAAAUGUUAGAGAAAAAACUAAAAAUCAAGGUCUAGUUUCUUUACAAAAACAACUUCUUUUUGAGACUCUCAUGGAAAGGGAAAUAAAGGAAAUUGAUGUUAUAAGGCAUAGAUUACGUAACAAAAAGGUUUUUAUUGUUCUUGAUGACGUGGAUGAAGAACAACAAUUAGAAGCAUUAGCAGGGAAAUGUGAUUGGUUUGGUGCAGGGAGUAGAAUUAUUCUAACAAGUAGAGAUAGUCAUUUUUUGAAAAGAAAUGGAGUGGAUUAUAUAUAUACAAUUGAGGGGUUGAAAAAUGAUGAAGCUUUGGAGCUUUUUAGUUGGGGUGCUUUUAAGAAAACCCAUCCUGAAGAAAGUUAUAUGGAUUUGUCUAUGGAUUUUGUGAAUUACGCAAAAGGCCUUCCUUUAGCUCUUAAAGUUUUAGGUCCUUUGUUGUUUGGUAAAACAAUGGAUGAAUGGAAAAGCGCCCUAAAUGAUCUAAAAGCAGUAGUUGGUGAAAAAAUUAUGCCUAUACUUCAAAUAAGUUUUAAUGAUCUUACAAAUACACAGAAAGGAUUGUUUUUAGAUAUUGCAUGUUUUUUCAAAGGAGAAAAAAAGGGUUACAUAAGUGAUAUACUGGAAAGUUUGGGUUAUUGUCCAGACUACAAUAUUGGUGUUCUUAAGGACAAAUCUCUCAUAACCAUUGAUGACGACGGAAUUUUGUGUAUGCAUGAUUUGCUGCAAGAUAUGGGUCAAGAAAUCGUUCGUCGUGAAUCUCCUACAGAGCCUGGUAGACGUAGUAGGUUGUGGAUUUAUGAUGAUGUCAUUCAUGUAUUGAAGGAAAAUACUGGAACAGAGAUGGUUAAAGGCAUAAUGGUAAACAUACCAAUUCAAAAAGUGGAACACCUGAGUGCUGAGGCCUUCUCAAUGAUGAAAAAUUUGAGAUUACUUAAAAUUAGUAGUGAGAAACUUCCAGAAGACUUCAUAAAUGGUACUAUGCAACUUCCAAAAGACCUCAUUAGAGGUAAGGUGCAACUUCCACAAGGCCUCAGUUAUCUUUCUAAUGAGUUACGUCUUCUCGAAUGGCAUGGAUAUCAUUUAAAAUGUUUACCAACCAAUUUCCAACUAAACAAACUUGUUGAAUUGAGAAUGCAUAGUAGUGGUAUCGAACAACUAUGGAAUGGAAACAUGAAUUUAGGCGAGUUAAGAAUCAUUGACCUAAGUGGCUCUCAAAACUUGAUUGAGAUACCGGACCUUAGUGGAGCGCCAAAACUUAAGCAAUUGAUUCUUCGACAUUGUACAAGACUAUAUAAGAUUCACACAUCUCUUGGAGAUCUCAAACAGCUUAUUCGAUUAGAUCUGAAUGGUUGCAAAUGUCUUCAAAUCCUUCCUCACAAGAUCAGCUUGGAAGCGCUUGAAAUUUUCGAUCUUGUUGGUUGUUCAAGACUGAAGAAGUUUCCAAAAAUUGUAGGAAAUAUGUCACGUUUGUCGAAACUUUAUUUGAGUAAGACAGCUAUAAAAGAUCUAUCAUUAUCAAUGGAGCAUUUAACUGGCCUUAUAGAAUUGGAUCUAAGAGAAUGCAAAAACCUUUUAAGUCUUUCAAUUGGCUGUUGUUGUUCGAAGUCUCUAAAAAUUCUCACUUUAUCUGGCUGCUCAAAACUUGAUACACUACCAGAGAAUUUGGGUAAUAUCGAAGGCCUAGAGAAGCUAGACCUGAGUGGAACUGCUAUAACAGGGCUUCCUUUAUCUGUUGUUCAAUUAAAAAAUCUCAAAGUACUAUCUCUCUGUGGAUGUGUGGGGCUAUCAUCUAAAUCAUUCAAUAAGCUCCUGAGUUUUCCUUUAAUGCAACGAAAAAGAAGUCCUGAUCCCAUGGACAUGUUAGAGUGUUCUUUACAAGGCUUAUGGUCUUUGAGGGAACUGGAUUUAAGUUAUUGCAAUAUUCAAACGAUUCCUAAUGCUCUUGGGUCGUUGUCAUCUUUAGAAGAAUUAAAUCUAAAAGGAAACAAUUUUGUUUGCCUUCCUGAAAGUAUCAUUCAACUAUCUAAUUUGGAAAGCCUUUUUUUGGGUGGUUGCACUCAACUUCAAAUGUUGCCCAAGCUUCCAUUAAUAAAUAUGGUUUAUAUUGAUGCAGCAAGGUGUACCUCACUGGACACAUUAUCAUUAAGUCCAGAAUAUCAUUUUGGGCUCAAAUUGAUUUAUAAUCAAGGCAAAGGUGACCCGUUGUCAACAAGUCUAAGACAUUAUAUCUUUGAGGGAUGCUGUCAACCCCGUCGUCAAAAUCAUGAUGGGAUUAGUUUUAGAGGUCUCACAAUUCCUGGAAGUGAAAUUCCGAAUUGGUUUAGGUACCAAAAUGUGGGGGCUUCAGUGAAUCUGCAAGUGCCUUCACAUUUAUUAUUAAGUAGCAAAUUUAUGGGAAUCGUUGUGUGCGUUGUUUUUAUAUUCUGCCAGCAUCAUCCACUUCACCAACUUCAUCGGCUAGUGAUUAAUUGUACCGGUAAAGUCAACGGAUAUGGUUUUUUCGGAUUGUCACGUUCUUCAUUGGAGGAAUUAGGUAAGAUUGAAUCAUAUCAUCUUUGGAUCGAAUAUUUUCCCUUUACAGACUUCGGAAGCUACUGGAAAGAAGUAUUGGAUGCUAAUGAAUUCACCCAAAUUGAGGUUACAUUUGAAGCCUUCGGUCUAGGCUGGGAGUCAACGAAAUGCGGAGCCCAUUUGAUAUUCGAGCAAGACAAUGAAGAUCUCAAACAAACUAAGCCUGGGUCUAGCGGCUGCACUAUCUCUCCUUAUUAUGAGGAUGAUGAUUUAGGCGAUUCAGAGAAAGAUACCAAAAUCAAGGAAAGCCGUCAUGAUGAACCACCACACCCAAAGUGGACAGAGCACCCUAAUCUAAUUGAAAACUGGAUUGGGAAUUUAUGCAUACAAGGGCAAGGUGACUCUGAUUGUGAGUGAGGAAAGAGGAAUCCCAGUGAAAGUGGCAACUUUGAUGAAUCUGCACACAGAUAAAGAGGCUACGCAACGCUGAAUGGCACAGUUGAUCUUACUACAACGACCACUACACUGUCUUUGAGUGUCUGUGGUGUUGAUGCUGAUGAUGAUGGAGUGGAACUAGGUUUGGUGCAAUUUCUGUGGCUACAAGGAAACUUGAGGUUGAUUAAAGUGAAAAGGGUACCAGUUGGAGCUAUGCCAGAAAGCUUUGGAGGAGAAUAUUUUUGUUUAUUUGGAGAUAGGUUGUGGUACGACCACAUUGUUGUACUGCUUAUACAUGAGCUGGGUCACUUGAUAAGGAAGCCCCAUAAGGGCAUAUGUGUCAUCCUCGCCCCUACGGUGGCUCUAGUUCAGCAGGUCAUUGCACAAUAAUGAAGUGAUGUGCUCUUUGGCUUGGCUGAGGUUGUAGGUAUGUAGGUUGUGAGAAGCAGGUAGAAUUGUUGCUUUUUAGUGCUUAUCUAUGCAAUUUCUCAUUGUAAUUCUAGAUUUUAAGAAGGGCCUUUUUGAAUCUAGGUCCUUCAAGUUCACCUUGAAAGGGAGUUUGGUAUUUUUAUCAACAGAACCAUGACUAUACUAAUGAAGUAUGAACUCAUGACCCCUUGAAAUAUAUAAACAAAAUCAAUAUAGGGCUAGACUACCAGAUAAUAGAAAAGCAUCAAUUCCCAGAACCAAGGAUUCAAUUCCUAGAAAUUGACCAACCUUGAUAGUGCAGAAAUUUGGGCUUAUUCUUUUAACAGCAAGGUGAUAUGUAGUGUUUUAGCAAGCAAUAAAGGAUUGUGUGGCCUCUUUAUCUGUUAAUUGGGUCUCAUUUGUCAAUUGAUGAUUGAUAAUUGUGAAAGAAAAAUGCAAACUAUAAUUGUGAUUUAUGAGGCAUGACCCAGUAGAACAAGAACCUCUAAUGAGGAAUUUUAACUUGAGAGACUGAGACAACCCCACUGAUACCAUUCUUAAAGAUAUGGGAAAUCAACCUCUCCACUACUUGCAUAGUUGCCUUCACUACUCUUGUGUUCUUCCUUCUAUCUUAAAUUUAAAUAAAGUAUCUCAUUUGUUUCUUAUUCUCUUUGUGAUUUGGUGAGAAAUGAUUUUUCCAUCCUUUCAAUCAUAUUAGCACUUCCUUAUUUAAAAAAACAAAAACAUUUCUUCUUUUUUAGUUUUCCUGUCAAUCAAAUUUUCCAUAGUUGAAUACUCUCCUACAUGAUCUGUUAUUUAUUGUUUGAUUUGAUCUUAGAUCUGUGCACUUUUGUUAAGGACAUCAAAAGUUAAUUUUAGAUCAUAUGUGGUCUUUUGCAAGUCAAAUUGACUUGGACACUCUACCUUACCAAUUAAUUAUUGGUAGGAUGUGGAUGUUGUGUUGAAAAUUUAACCUAAUUCCCAUAACCUAUGAGAUGUGAAAAUUGAGGGAAAAAAAAAAGAACAACCACAUUACACAAAUAUUUAUGUGGUUCGGCAAUAUGCCUACAUUCACGAAGUUGCUGUGUUUUUCACUAUGUCAAGGCGAAAAAUACCGAGGUGCUAUAGUACAAUGAUUUAGGCACCCAUAAUUUUGAAGCAAAAAUUAUAUACCCCAAACAGAGGGUCCAAAACAAGCUAAUAAUGAUCUUGCUGGUCCAGGCAUCUGCUCCAUGAAUUGAGGCUCACAAAAAAUCUCAUUUAAAAACGUAAUGCAUCCAAGACGAAUCGGAUCACAAACUGGAUUGAACACAAAACAGGCUCCACAUAGCCCAACAAGUUGAUUAUUGAAGAUGUGAAGUUCAAGAAUUUUAUACAAAAGGGAAAUUUUACCGCAAAAUGGGACAUCAAAUAGUUCUGCUUACAGUCAUUAUGGAUUUCCUUGUUGUAUAUUAGAAAAUAUUUACAAUGUUAUGCUGGUAUAUUGGCCCUCAAGCUGUCAGUUUUUUUAUUUUAUAUUUAUUUUGGGGGUGGGAGAUGUGCAUAUUGCUGUUGACUCUGCCUCUCCUGCACAUCAUGCUCAUGUAACUGAUUAGAUGCCUGUGAAUUGAAUAUUAUCUUUUGGACGUAAAGAGGACUUGCUGAUGACUCUGCAGAAUGGUGGUUGGUUUUGCUUCUGCUGAUGACUGUGCUGUUAAGCCUUUGACAAGUUCAGCUGCUAAGUGGGGAAAGAGGCUUUUCAUAGGAUGUAUUCCGAUUGAAGCUACUGUUGAUAAUGUGCAGUUGUAUUUCAGUCUGUUUGGCUAUGUUUUGGAUGUGUAUCUUGCCAAGAUAUGACUGCAAGAGGGAAAAUGAGCACAUGAUGAACACUUAGAGGUAACAACAACUGGAAACAGAUGAGAGGUUCUGCCAAAUUCAUCCUGGGACGAGAGUUGAAAAUUAGUAGUUGCUCAGAGGCUUUUCUUGGAUGAAAGAAAAAUGUGUCAUAGUGGGUCCGGUUUUGUGACAUUGUCUGAUGAAAUUUCAGCUGAGUACACUUCUCAAAAAAUACAUAGGAUACUUGGGCAGACGUGUCAGUAGAUAUUAUCAUGAUAUAUGAUAGACGGGUGCUUGGGUCCAAUAGGCACUCAUGGGGGUAGCCGAUUAUCAAAGGAAAGAGCCUCAGAAGUUUCUUGUGCAGGGUGGUUUGGUGUGCUAAUGUCUAUCACAUAUGGUCUCAAAGAAACUCAAGAAUCCAUGGAGACGUCAAAACAGAGGAAAUCAAAGUGAAGAGAGUGGGAAAGGAUGUCAAGUUUAGAAUGAUGAUCAAAGGAAAUCAUAGUGAAGAGAGUUAUCUUUUAUAUCUGGAGCGUACCACAUUCCAUCAUUCAUGGCUUCUGCUUAAAAGUUUUGCUAGUAGCUGGGUUUGUUAUUGGUUUUAUUUUUUUUAAAAGAAGAUGUUGGGUAAGAAUAACACCAAUCUGAUGCAGUAGUUUAGUCCGAAGACUCAUAUCUUUAUGUAAAACUAGGUUGGGAUGAUGUAAUACUGUUUUCAAAUGGAGAUGAUUUUUUAAUGAAUUGGUCAGGGCAGGUGCCUUUGUUGUAGAGUUGUAGUGGACUAACUGAAGUCUCAGUGUUUCUGUUUGUAGCAGUAAAAAAUUAUGAGUUAUCCAAAAAAGAUAGAAGAACGCUUAAUUCCA